GCCAACCCAUUCUGUAGUUAUUACAUUCUUUCGAUUUUUGUUCAGUUUUCUGUAGUUAUUACACAUGGUUUGGUGGUAAAACUUGAGUACGAUGAUAUAAGAAAGAGAGGGUAUGGUUAAAGUUUCUCAAAAUAUGGUUAUAAGUAAGGAUGAAUGGUGGGGGACUAUAUUUUUGAAGUUUGAUUGCAUGAUGGGUGUUUAGUUAUGUUACAGGAAAGUGAUAUUAAUUCAUUCUUAUCAAAUCAACUGACUAAACCAAAGACUCCCCACCUUCAGCUUUAAAGUCUCCUUCAUCUGCUCCAACUCUUUCUCUACUUCAGUAUAUCUGCUUUAGAAGUUUUUUUACUUUCCUGAAAAAGUUUCUUCCCAGGAGGAGAUACGGUGCUCAUAUAUGCAUCCAAGUAUCAUGAUGUACCCAUCGUUAUAAAUGUUUCUGGACGCUACCACAUGGACAAAGGAAUUGAUAAAAUCUUGGGUAAAGAUUAUAUGGAAAGAAUCAAGGAAAAUGGAUUUAUAGAUGUCAAGGACAACAAAGGAAAUAUCCGGUACCGUGUGACAGAAGAGAGUUUGUUGCAACUCCUUGCAAUAGAUAUGCAUGCAGUAUGCCUAUCAAUUGCGAAGAGCUGCAGGGUCUUUACUGUUCAUGGCUCUGAGGAUGAGAUUGCACCUCUGGGAGAUGCUUUCGAGUUUGCCAAUAUCAUACAUAACUACAAAUUGCACAUUGUGGAAGGUGCUGAUCACGUUUUCGACAACCAUCAGUCUGAGUUAGUUGAAUUGGUGGUGAACUUCAUUAGAGAAUCCCUACAGAUUCAUUCCAUUCAUGUGAGGAAGAUCCAUCGUAAGACAGUUAUUGGAAUUCUUUAGUUUGCAACAACACGUAAUUCUAUAUUAAACAUAAACCAGCUCAGGCCUUUAUUGAAUUUGGUAGUGCACAAGUAGCACUAGGAGGAGCCUUUGGUUUAAAAAAGGCACCAUAAGUUUAUAAUAUUUGACUUUGUAGCGAACCUAUAAUACCCAUUGGUUCCUUCAUGCAAAUGUCUGAAGUCAUACUUUUCCAAAAUCUCCUCUUUUGGUUUCUCGGUUUGUAGUCGCAGUAAAUCCUACAACACACUCCUUAUGAUAAUUUCUAGAUCUAAAUCUUUUUUAUCUCCUAAUUAUCAAUAUAAAUACUAGAAAUAUAAAUAGACACAAGAAUUUUUACAUGGUUCGAUCAUUGUGAUCUACAUCCAUGGUUCUUCACUAUGAUUGUAGGAAUUACAUGAAUAUUACAUUUAGAAGCAGAGAGUUGAGUUUCAUUUAUA